CACACUCUAGUGAGAAUGAAGACACUUUUGCUGCUACUGUUCUUUGUGGCUUGCUUUGUCAUAGUCCAUGGUGGCCACAUCCAGAAAGUAGUAGGAGUGAAGGAUGCGAGUGGCCAAUGUAUUUGUAGCGUGCAGCUAUCACAUGUUUCCUUCCCUGUACGUAAAGUGGAGCAAUUGGAGGGUGACUACUACAACCUGACCGAUCAUUUACAGAAUAUACUGAACCAGAUUUAUACCUACCAUUGGGUGGUGAAUGAUGCGAGAACAAACCUGACAGAUCUGGAUAAACGUGCAAAAUAUGCAAAGGACUAUGGUGCCCAUAUUGACCUGAAAUUUAAUAAGCUCACAGAAGAGAUUUACACACUGAUAUCUCUAGCCAAGAAUAUAAGCAAGAACGCAACCACUACAGAUAAUAAAGAAAUGAUCGACAAGUUGAUUCUGGAGAUCAAUGGUAUAGCUGGUACAGUAAUUAAGAUGGAAACACAUGACAAAAAAAACAUAAUCACAACACAGCGUGAGGUUCAAAUUCUCCGGAAAAAACUCGAAGCGUGUGAGGAAGCAAUUGCCCUUGUUCCAGCAACAGUGGCAGACAAAACUAAGUUUGGCACAUGUCAACACGAUGGGCUACAAAGUGUUAGUCCACCAGUUUUGGUGAAACUGAACUGGAAAGGUGCGGAUUUCAAAGCUGGAUCCUGGGGGAAAGACUUUGCCUUAGGCACCAAAUUUAAAGAUCACUAUUGGGUUUUCCCAAUGAACAAAGACCAGCGUACACUGGAGACCUUCCGCCUAUACUCUUCAUUCAAAAAAUUGCUGCUUUACUCUCCCAUCCGGGAAUAUAACCUUAAUGUCGCUUCCCAAACCAAAUGUGAAACCUGUGGCCAAGGUGGUGGCGUGGCCUUCUACAACGGUUCCUUUUUUUACAACUGUUACGAUAGCAGAGCCCUGUGCAGAGCAGACCCAUUUAACAUGAAAGUCUCAAAGAAGGAAUUAGAAGACCAGGACCCUGCUUCCUUCAAUAACUGGUUCUCCUAUAAGGAUGCUAAAUAUCAAGAUAUGGACAUGGCAGGAGAUGAAAAGGGGCUGUGGAUGAUUCAUGGCUCUACAGCAACCAGUGGGAAUGUACUAAUUAGAAAAGUAAACCCUAACUCCUUGAAAGUAGGGGCACCAUGGAUCACCACACAGGCAAAGACUAUGCUGACAAAUACUUUUAUGAUCUGUGGAGUCUUGUACGCUACCAAGAGAGUGAAUUCAACACACGAGGAGAUAUUCUACUAUUAUGACACUAACACCGCUCGGGAAGGCAACAUACGAAUCUUCAUGGAGAAACUUAUGCCUACCGUGCAGAGCUUGAAUUACAAUCCAAACGACGAGAAGCUCUACAUGUUCAACGAAGGCUAUCUGCUUUAUUACAACACCACGUUCAAAAAUCAUAUUCAAGUAGUAAGCAGAGGAGGGAAGUUCCUUGCUACUGAUCAUAGACAGGACUCUAACAGUGAGAGAGGGAAGAGUCUUGUGAGCAAAGGAACACAGGUCGCUAUUGGCCAGAAAGAUCAGAGUUCGGCAAGCAACACGGAGCUGGAUUUCUUGAGCAAAAGAGGGAAUGAUGCCAAGCUAGAGGAAGGACAGGCUGAAGUUAGCUUAGUAAGGCAAGAAGCCGUUGGGAAGGGCAAGCAGCUUGCUUCUACUAAGUGAGGCCACAGUGUGACUCAGAAGGAGAGGCAGGAUUCAGUGAGCAAAGAUGAGGACUGACAAUAGUGGGAAUUGUUUUGUAAAUAAACGUAUUGUUCCAAGUACA